ACACCGUCUCCACCUCCUUCUAGUUCCCUCAGAUUACAAGCUAGCAGCAGCGUGAGCUGUUACAACUUUACUAGCAUAGCGGGAGCUUAUCCAAGUCAUCGGCGUUAUUACUGACAUAUACAUUAAGUCGUAAACAGGACGUGCAUCAGUGAGGUUAUGUGGGAGUUGUGUUGCAGGUGCUGAACACCACGCCACCAGCUGCUGCAUUUUCCCCCGGUGCUUUCUCUGCGUGAGUUCCACUCCUGGUGGGUCUUCUCCCUGCCACCUUACCUCAGCCAUCUCAGUUGGUGUCUUCCUUGUCUGCUGGACUAGUCUGGUGUCUGCCUAUGUGUGUAAGACAUUGACUACUUCGCUACCAUUGUAAACACACUCCACCAUGGCAGUAAUAUUGUGUUGGCUGGUGGCAGCGACGUGGCAGGCAGGAGCCAAGGUGUCUGCUGGGUCCCAGGACCUGCCAGGCCUCGCUAACAUGGAGAUUCUUAGAACUGUCCCACUGGUCCGAGGGUCCGGCUCCGUCCUUGAUUCAUCAUUGGGCCGAGUGUCCGACUUUGUCCAUGGCCAGUCACCUGCCCGAAAGCUGGACUCCAUUCAUGACCUUCCACUGAUUCGAGAGACCGGCUUCGUCCACGACCCAUCCCUGAUCUCACGGCCCGUGCAGCCCCGAUCUCCCAGGCACUACGAAGUCAUGCUUGACUACGACUACACCAAGAACGCCGAUAAUGUCGAGAGCGACGACGAAAAAACAUAUGAAGGGAAGGUCGCCACGACAUUAGAGCGCCCCCAGACUUUACUGAGCACCGAUGUCACUGAUUACAUGGCGCUUUCCCAGGAUAACAUUGAGAGCCCUGACGUAGACGUAGCAGAGGUUUCAAGAGAAGCUUUCAGUGAGCCUCUUAGUUCCGAAAACCUCUUAUCUUCUUCACCCAGCAGCCUUCACAAGUUCCCUUUAUAUACAGCAGAGCGGGUGCCCUUGGAUACGACCGAGCCGGUACCUCUGGGUACAACUGAAGGAACUCCCACGCAGAGUAGUAAGCGGUCUAACUUGUAUCUGAGAGCUGUGCCUGUCUCCCUCAUGUCUAAGACUGGAGUAGGCGGCUUCUCUGGUGACCCUCAAAAACUCCCCAAUGUUAAUACCUUCAUCGAUGGCUAUAUUUCAACACCAUCGUAUCUAAGAUAUAUUUAUACAUCAGAGAACUAUCUAAAACGCAACAUCCCCUCAGAGAUUUAUCCAGUGAUUUAUCCCUCCUCUGUAGAUUCCAUUUACUACGGUGGUGGCAAGGUUAGUGAAGGCCAUUCCCAGGCCAUGGAUGCUGAGAAAACCCACAACAAGAGCUACUUUAGUGACUACUACCACAUACCCCAGCACCAGCACCUGACCAACAGCCGCUAUUCCGGCGGCGAGCUACCCAUCAGGUAUUACGUUACGUCUCAACCAGUAGACAAGAAGAAAGAAUCAAGGUACGUGAGACCGACCCACCACAAGGCGAUUCACUCUGGUCUCACGUUCUCCAGCGCCUCUCUCUCUGGACCUUCUCCUUCUAGAUCUUGGGAUUCUCCUUUUCAAGUCCCAUCCUCUAUCACCCAAAGUUCUCACACAGCACCCAUUUCAUCUGUCAACGAGAAUAAUUUUCACAAUACUCCAGCUCAAAGAACUCUUUUCGGAGAGUUGGACACAAUGAAUCGUGACGAAAUCAUGUAUUACACUGGCCUGCAGAAGGAAAUUGAAAAGUCAGAUGUGUUACUCGAUGCCAUCAAGAACGUCAGGACACGGGAAGGAAAGAUGAUGAAGGACUUUAGAAACAGUGAGUUAACAACUACCACAGUCACUCCCGUCCCAGACAUCAAGGCGGUGAGGAACAAGUUUGGUAGCCAUCCCUUGUAUGACAAGCUGCCGCGGGAGUCAACACGGAUAAUUCACAAGGAGGAAUAUGAAGACGAGAAAGACGAGUACGAGAACAUGUACCUCCCAGUCCGCUUUAAGUCUCUAGAACUUAAGGAGAUCCACGAGGUUAAGAAAAACUUUAGCAGUCUCGUACCCAAAGAUGCGUACAAGUCCCGUCCCUUGGUGAUGCACCCUACACACCAGCCUCCCAUCACCACUUACAAGCCACCCUUUGUACCCAAAUACAAUAAAAAUAGAAAACCUAUGACAUCACCUCCGUCAAAGUUCCAGUUUAUGUCAACCUUGCCAUCACAUGGCAAGAAUUACAGCAAGGUAAAAACCGUGAAUUCAUUUCACAGAACUUCCGGACGUGUGUGGCCAUCUCACACCAACAGCCACAGACAACCGGCUGCAGUUUACCUUCUUGGUAACUAUAACAUCCAGAAACCGGAGAGUCUCAGAGCUUAUGGUCCUUCCAGCUCACAGAAACAACGGCCUCUUAAAUUAAAUAAUCUCAGUUCCCAGCGCCUCAGGAGUCACAACACACACAGUUCUGGAUAUCAGUCUCAGCCUCUACCGAAACAUCCCAUCCGACGUUUUCCAAUAUCCCAGAGGACAGCAGACCACACGAACCCUUCAAGCCGGAAGCGAGGCCACUCCAGACACCCUACAAGUAGUCUGUUUGAGGACGCCAAGAUCCUUCUUCGUCCCGAACUGGAGAAGAAAGAGAAGGAAGAGAUGACACAGAAGAGAAGACCAGACAUGGAAGCCUCUCUCUUCGAUGCUGAUGUCACUUUCCCAAAGUUUGGCUUCAACAUUGAUUCUUACUUCAAUCGUUUCCCAAAGUUUGGCUUCUUUGACUACGAGCCGUAGAUAGACAAUCUAUCGUGAUCUUAUAUUAUUUAUUUAUUUAUUGUCAUUGAAGAUUUUUACAAUUUGCAUUUCUCACGCCAAUUAACUUACGACGCUUAAUUAAGCAAUAUUUAACUUAUUUUAGAGGUGGAUAAUGUUUAGUAUGUUUAUUAAUAAACGUAAAAGAUCAAAAUUAGUAUUACACUGCAUGGCGUAAAAACCUUCAGUUUGUAUUUAUAGUCGUGUAGAGGAAAAAUUAUUAAUAAUAAAAAAUGGUGAGAAACCAGCAGA